AUGGCGGGUUCACUAAAGUCAUCAAAGCAUAUUUACUUCAUCACUUUGUGGGCUGAGGAGAAACAUUUUAUGCAAAGUAAGAAAGUAUUGAAAUUUUGUAAACAUGCCAUCAACAUUACUAAUGAGCUAUGUGGUUUUCCUAUUCAAGAUGAAUUCAAUAUAUGUGUGCUUCCAUCAAAUAUCCCAGAAAUUGAACUACAAUGUCGUACCAUGAUAUUUGUGUCAUCAACAUUACUAGAUGAAGAUCCCAUUUUCAUGUGUGAUACGAUUGCUCGAAAAAUUGCCCAAAGCUGGGCAGGAGGUUUAGUCACUUGUAGAAAUUUCCAACAUUUGUGGUUGAUUAAAAGUUUUAGUAUAUUCAUUUCUAGUAAAAUCUUGGAAUUUAGGUAUCGUCCUAUGAUUCAAAUGAUGUUCAUGCGAAAAAGAAUCUUUUAUGAUCUUAAUGUUAAGAUGAGACUAUAUGGUAUUGAUUCUCAACAGAAAUUAGUACCUUCUUUGACAGAUAUUUUGCCAAAGAACAUUACAAAGUCCGUACCUGAUGAAGUUGGAUAUUAUCUAUUGGAUUCCUUACAAAAGGACUUAGGAGGAUCAACAGUGUUUGCACAAUAUCUUAAGCAUUAUAUGCGAACAUUUUGUUAUCAAAGUAUAGACACUAUUGAUUGGAAGGAUCAUCUGUUUUCUUAUUUUGAUAGCAAACAUGAGAUAUUAAUGUCUAGAUUGGAUAAGUGGCUUUACAAAUUGAAUUUAGUUUCUAUGUAUGACGAUCUGUAUGAUUCAGUGCGGAAUCUAAGUGAGAUAUUAACACAACAGUGGAUUACGACAAAUACGACUGACAAAUUAUCUUCCAAGUUGACUAGAAGAUUAUUACAUCCUAAUAUUAAUAAAAUGCAUUUCUUAAAUUACUUAUAUACAUCGCCGAUAACUUUACCGAUUGGAAAAUUAGAGUCGAUACACUCUAUAUUUCCACUUGAUGAGCAAACAUGUCAAAUUCG